GUGAUUUGAUUUUCAUCAGGUCGCCGUGUCACUUUCGGAGUUUUUCGCGUACUGAUUUCAUUUUCACUGUGUGUGCUGAUUCUUGGAUUAUUCAUAUUAUCAACACUCUUACUGCUACCCUUAUUCACUCUCCCCCGCAUCGUUUCUGUGAAAUGAUUUCCGGCUCGGGAUUUUAAAAAAAAAAAUAUCGUGUGGUGUCUAGGGUGUAUUCGUAGUCGCUCACUCUAUUUACAUUAUUGGUGUUAUCUUUUCCUAAACUCGUAAUUUUCUGAACUGUAAUAUUCUUAUCGAAUUGGCCUUAAGUCUUGCAGAUAGCUCUGCUUCCCUUACUUACAUUUUUCUGUUUGGAUUUGCUUACCGUGUUAUUUAUUUAUUAGUGCCUCGGGUGUUUGUGUAUUUUAUAGGUUAACAACCAAUUUAGGUAGCUAUCUUCUGUGCUCAUAGGCUUUAGAUAAGCCUUUAAAGCAAUACCUCCUUAUUUUACAAUAUCACAUAAUUCCACAAUUUUUCGGGUGUAAAACUCGUGCCAUAAUAUUUGAUGUUCGGAUAUCGCACGCUUUAAGUGAAUUCAACAUGUGGAUAAACCACCUGUCUGGAGAGUGUCUGCGCCUUCCGAUCUCUUCUGCCCGUAAAGUUUUGAGCUCGGGCCAGUGAAGUUGAGAGGAGAUGUUCGUGGAACAACCUCCAUCUUUGUUGGGGACGAUGAGCUCUCUGGGCGGCUCCCAGCGGCGAACCCGCGCCUUAGCCGACAUCGUUCCAUCUUGCGCUAGUUUAAAGGGCUCACUGGAUGAGAGUCGGAGUGGCGGGAGUUUGCGGAUGACGUCAGUGACAGGGAGUUUCGAGGGUCGAUCGCGGUUCCCCAAGCUGGAGGACUGCGCCCACUUCCACUACGAACACGUCGAGCUGGGACCAAUCCAGAUAUCCUUGUAUGAUGAAGAGGAUCUGAAGCCACUGUCGAGCCUGGAGGGGAACAACGAGAACUGCGAAAAUAAGUACCUGACGGUCAAAGUGAUCUCCGGUGACCAGAGCUGGCUUCUACGGCGCACCUAUGACAACUUUCGGAUGCUCGACAAACAGCUGCACAGAUGUAUCUACGAUCGAAAGUUCAGCGCCCUUCCCGAACUGCCUUACCCCAUCGACAAUCUCCAAGACAAAACAGAUCCUGAGGCAUAUAUAAGGCGACUGCUUGUCCGAUAUCUGGAGAGGCUAUCCCACAUUGCUGGAAGUCUGAUCAACUGCGGACCCGUAUUAAGCUGGCUGGAACUUGACAAUCGAGGGCGGAGACUUCUCGUAACGGGUGCUGAUAACUGCCUUAUUAAUACGCCUGCUGUGGCAGGUGCUUAUGCUAUCAAGCAAUAUAAUGCAGUUGCUGCAGAUGAGAUUUCUUUUGAUGUUGGUGACAUGAUCUCUGUGAUUGAUAUGCCUCCACCAGAAGAAAGCUCUUGGUGGCGAGGGAAGAAAGGUUUUCUAGUCGGGUUUUUCCCUUUCCAUUGUGUUGCGGUGAUUACGGAUAAAGUUCCUCGAACUCUUCAUCUUCAUCAAGUACUAUCUGCCACGGAACCUUCUAAACCUGUGUUACGGAAACAUGGAAAGCUCAUUGCGUUUUUCCGAGCAUUCAUACUUGCUCGACCAUCCAGGCGGAGACUGAAGCAGACUGGAAUUUUGAGAGAAAGGGUAUUUGGCUGUGACCUUGGAGAGCAUUUACUAAACUCUGGCCAUGACAUUCCAAUGGUACUCAAAUGUUGUUCAGAAUUUAUUGAAAAGCAUGGAAUAGUUGAUGGAAUCUACAGAUUGUCGGGCGUCACUUCAAACAUACAAAAAUUAAGAUCAACAUUCGAUGAAGAUCGUGUUCCCAAGCUUUAUGACGAUGAAGCGAUUCUGCAAGAUAUCCACAGUGUGGCAUCGUUGCUGAAGAUGUACUUCAGAGAGCUUCCAAAUCCCCUUUGCACAUAUCAACUUUACCACAGUUUCGUUACGGCUGUGCAACAAGAAGAAGACAAUAUUAGAUUAGCAAAAAUGAGGGAGACAGUUCAGAAACUGCCCCCACCUCAUUACAGAACCCUAGAAUAUUUAAUGCGACACUUGGCGCGUGUUGCGGAGCGUGGUGAGUCAACAGGAAUGACAGCUCGCAACGUUGCAAUUGUGUGGGCACCGAACUUACUCCGGUGCAAAGAACUUGAGGUCGGUGGAGUUGCAGCUUUACAGGUUGUUGGUGUCCAAGCAGUUGUCACUGAAUUUCUCAUUCGUUGGCAGCACCUUAUCUUUACCUCUAACAUUCAUCAUCUUCCGCCUCCUCAUGCAGGCACUCCGAAGAAGAGCAGACCCAAAUCGCUGGCUGUUUCUACGCCAACUAGGCUAUUAUCCUUAGAAGAAGCGCAGAGCAGGGUUUUGCUAGGCAAACCUGAUCAAGACUAUAUAGAAGUUGGAGGAGGACCCUCUUGUUUACCAAAAGAAUACCACACUGUGAUAGAAUUGCCAUCGCGCAAACGUGGUGGUUCCAAAAGAUCUCCGCUGGGCUGGAAGUCGCUAUUUUCCCGAGGCUCUAGCUCUGUUUCCAGCUCCUCUCGCAAGAGUAGGUCACCAGCAACGUGUAAGGCUGCAGACAAACGUAAAACAUCCAUUCCUAGUGAUAUUAAGUUUGGACAUACGACGACUGAAACUGAGUCGCAGCUACUAGAAGUGAAGACGAAUCUGAGGCCAGUGAGGAGUGCUGAGUCGUUAACAUCAGGAAGUGCUCACAACUCGGCUCGUAAUUCUAGUUGCCUAGAGACACCUCCUCCGCGACUCCCGAUCACAUCUCCUCCCUCCGUGCCUGGCCAUAAUCGGUCAUCCUCUCAUGACUCGUACUUCGACCACCUUGCUGAAUCUACAUCAGAAAAGAUUUCCUCCGCUAACGAGCAUGAUGAUGAAGGUCUUUCGUUAUCACUGGAUUUGAGUGAGAUUCAAGUCAAUUUUGAUCUUGAAGAAUCUGAAAUGAAAAUCUUUACCGAAGAUGAGACCAAUCAAUUUUUCAGCAGUCCAAGCAAUAGUGAGCAAAUGCAGACCCUGAAAAGACAGCCAAUGCUUGCUUUGACUGAAGACUCUCUAAGUUCAGACCCAUCACCUAAAAAGCACAAAACUGACGCAGACAACAAAGGUGACAUAGUAACUAACAAUCUGUCUAAACGAUGUCGGCUGGAGGAACGUCUCUCCUCUGGAGAGCUUCAGUAUAUUGAUAGUCAAUCACCCGAGCAAAUUUUAACGCAAGUAGAUGUUCACAGUCGUGAUGAAUCCCAAAGCCCGUCAGAAACAACAUUCUCUGAAAAUGGAUCUUUGAGCAUGUCUACUCCACGGCUUAACUACACUCCUCUCACAGAGGAUAGCUUCAGUGAUGGGAACCUUCUCACACCAGAAUACUCAUUGCUCAAGUAUUCUGCAUCCACAUUCCAUUCACCAUCUAGUCUUGACGCAUCACCUGCGGAUUCACCUUUUGGAAAAUCACGGCACAGUUACCAAGAUACACCCAACUCCCGAACAGAACUCCUGCCCAACAGGCGGAGUUUUCCAGGUUUUUUGACUAGUCCUUUGACUGACGUAUCUCAGUACGAAGUUUUAAAAAAUGAAUCAGAAACAUGUGUAGAUGAUAGUAAAAAGUCAUCUCCAUUAGAGACAAGUUUUUCCGGGUACAGCCGGUUAGAAUGCUCGCCCAGCCAACAGUAUGAAAUUUUUGAGAAUGAAAAAGAAUCCAAUGCAGAUGAGAAAAAAUCUAGUAAUUCGGAAUUAGUUUCUUCGCCAACAGAGUCUUUGCAGAGCAACAGACUAAACUUCCCUACGUUUUUAACUAGUCAGUUAGAAGUUAAGAAAGAUGAUCAUUACGGCAAUUUGGAACCUGACAAGGAAGCUUUAAUAGCAGACGACAAAAGUGGGAGCAAUGAGUUGGGCGGUCACACGCCAUCCUCCACCAAUGAUCUUGUUGUCUAUGAGAACGUUCCACGCCAUGACAAUUCUCCUGUCGUUUAUGAAAAUAUGUCUGUUAGUAGAGAUGUUAAGUAUGAACCAAUUGACGAUGACUCUUGUUAUGAAGAUGUCUUCUUUGAAAAUCCAACCAGUAAAAAGCGGCAUGUCUGUGACCUUAACAACAGCCAUGAAAAUAUUAGGUUAAUUCAAGAUGAUGAUGGAAGUAUGAACAGCAUGUCCUCUAGUUUGAAUCAUGACCUCCAGAAGCAAGUGGAAACCAACAUCUGUGACGAUUCCAAAGAGGAAACUAUGUAUGAAAAUGUCCCAGAUUCAAAAGAGCUCUAUCAGCAAGUCAAAUUUUUUAAGCGUUCAGUAACAGAAAUUAACCAAAUGUUAGAUCAUGAUAGUCAGGUUGUCCAGAUGACUGAAACUCCGCCAAAGUCAGAAGACAAACUGGUGGAUAUGGAUACCUCUGAAGAUGUGCCUAAGCUUACUCCACUGAACAAAGCAGAAAAUGAAUCCUUCUCACACACACAACCACCGAAAUCCCCUGUACCUCCCAGUGAAGUCAUGUUAGAGAACUCGCCAGUAGGAAACACAAGUGCGUCUCCAAAGAAAGAAGGACAAGAUAGCUCCAUCAGGAACCCAGAAAAUGAUACUGGAAACGACAUCUCUUUGACUGGAAGUAACUCUUUAUUAAUCAAUCUUAACGAUCAAGAUGUUCAAGAGCCAAGAACAGAGGAACGUCCAGAGUCUAGAAAUAGUGAAUCAGAUGGUACGAAAAGCGUUCACCAGCUCCUGUCAUGUUUUGAAGUUCCUUCAAUAGAGACUUCCCCCAAAAAAUAUAGCUCUAAAGACUCAUAUAUCAGAACUAGCAAUACAGAUCUGUCCAAGCCUGUUAUUGCAAAACUGGGUGAUGCCGGUAAAUUGAUGAGUGUCGAGAAAAUUCCUGAAAAUGAAACAGACUUAGACCGUCGGAAAAGAAUCGAAAAGUACAAGGAGGAAAGGCGGAAUUUUUUGAGGCAAAAGUAUAGCGUGGAAAAUCUAAAGAGCUCAGAAGAAAGUGAUGUUGUUCGUAGAUACAAAUUAAAAUCCGAAGGGAAAGAAAGUGGUCCCAUUGAGAAGGUGUCGCAAAAAUCAGAGGAUGAUAGCCUGCAAAACAAAUCAGAAUCUCAAAAAAUCAGUGCCGACUCAACAACAGUUUCCGACAAUCAUAGCCGUAGGUCAGUAUUAGAUAAAUGUCUGAACUUGGAGCUCAAAAAGGCGCCUCCGAAUUUAAAUUUAUCCGAAACCAAUCUCAAGAAACCUAUCUUUGCCCGAUCUGUUUCGGAUAAUGGAGUCCUAUCAUCAGGCAAAACAUUAAUCAGUAUCUGUUACUCUCCAACGAGGAAAACAAUUACCCCUGAGACUGACACGAAGUCUGCAGCCGUACAAGAUGAAGUCUCAGCUUCAAAAGAAAAUGCAACCUGCAUCACAAUCAAACACAAAAGUAGUGAAGAUGGAGAAAAGCCGUCUCAAAAAUUGAAAUUGAAGUCAAGCGUAGACUAUUCAUCAAGGGAGAGGAGUGGUGCUGACUUUCGGUCUAGUCCUGAAAAGAAAGAGAAAGAAAAAAUCAGCCCAGAGAGCAAGGGCAUAGUAUCGCAGCGUGUGAACCAACUCAUUGGACCCGCAGAUGGUGUCGUUCCAGCACCACGAAAAACAUCUCUCUCACACCAAAGACAAAUUCCAGUGGCGGUGAAUCGCCAGCGAGCUCACAGCGCAAGCGAUCGCAUCACUCCGUACUGCAUCAAAGAAAUGGCUGCAUUGUUUGAAAAACCAGAAGAACUGACCAAAAAGUCAUAGAGGAACUUUUAUCAAAAAUUAUUUUUAUAUCUGUUAUUUAGUCAAGACACUAGCCUUUGGGAUAGUUUGUUAUUUUUUUAUUUUUGCUCUGUAUGUCUGAAUCCUAGCUAAACUCAUAUGAGCAUAUUAGUUUGAUUUAUUUUUUUGCUUCAGAAAAAAGGGUAUUGAGUUAUAAGAAUGUUUCAACUGGUUUAUGAGCUCAUCAAAAUUUUCAGUCCUCAAGUCUAUCGGUAUGAAUGCUUUAGACUGCAUCUAUUCAGUUUGAUAACCAGUGCUUACAAAGAAAUGGAUGAAUCCUUCAGGAUUUCAAUUUCUGCUUUUAAAAAUCUGUACUUCCAAGCCCUGUGCAUGUUAUAGCAAAUAAAUAAAGAUCAGUAGGAUAUUUUUUUUUUUUUUUUUUUUUUUUUUUACAGUAUGGCCAAAAGUAUGGUCCUCUACUUAAAAAUAUGAAUCAUUACUUGUUGCUUGUCAGGAGGUCAGUAAUUUUCUCCCGCCCUUCAAUUUUCAAUCAUCAAAUUUUCUCAACAGAAAAAUCAAAUUCGUUAAAACGCCACUCUCUGCUUGUUACUUUUUUACUCUCCUGUGAAUUAUAUUACCCUCACUGAAACAGAAGAUUAGGUUUAGAUCAGAAGGGCAGGGCAUCUGUCUUGUACACAAUGACAUCACAAAUCAUUAUUAACCAAAGAGAUGAAAAAGGCCCAGUGAACUUUUUUUUUUUUAAUAGACGUAAACUUUGUUGAAUCUGAUUAUAUUUUAGAUCUUGAGAUUAUGCCCUUAGUCCUUUUAAGGGUCUUUAAUUUUUUAUUGUAAUUCUAUCUUGUCAACACACUCUGUUCGUUAAUAAUCUGCAGUCAUUUUUUUUUUUUUUUAAAAUCUUACUGAAAGGAUCCAAAAACACAUGAUAACGAACUAACUUUUGGUGCUAGGAAUGCUUUUUCAUCAAGGGUGGUUAUUGAAAGUGGGAAGAAUCUUCAAAAAGUUAUUUUCCUUGAUGAGCUGAAAAUCUAAAAACUUGUUUUUGAUGAAGACUCAGUUGUCGGGAUUAUUUUUUUGUUGUUAGUAUAUCUUUGACUCUUUUAUCUCAAGUCUAUCUUAAUCUUGCAAACUGUGAAUCCUGUACAAGUACUGUUUGGCUUUUAAAUCCUGAAAAGUAUGGAAAAGCUUUAACCCUUUGAACCUGUGUUAUCUUAAGGUCUGAGCUCAUUUCAAGACUAUGAGGCACCACUCCCCUCAACCUUCGUGACUCAUCAUUUGAGCUAUAAUCUUCAGCUGUAAUUUUAGAAGGAAUGACUUAUCUAUUACUCAGCUGGGGGAACCGAUUCAGAAAUAAAUGUUUUCAAGUUGGAAUCGUGAUUUGAAUUCACAGCUAGAAAGAAAAUUUUACUUUUCUGCAUGAGCCAUUUUGCCUAGUUUUUACAGUCAUUUUUAUGAUUUUCCUCUCCAUUUGGGAACUGUUCAAAUUUGAGCUGCAGCAGAAUUAUGUAUCGCUUUGUUGCAUCAAAAAAGAAUAAUGGAGUCUCAGCUUCACUAUUAACAUAUGUGCUUCAGUAUUAUAUUAGAGAAAAUGCGGUUUUAGGUUUCAAAGGUCUUACCUGAAAGCUGACAAAUCAAAGGCAUCUUACGUUGUCUUAAAAUGAUCAAACUGCUGAUUUCUAUGUAAACAUUUUUCGUUUUAGAAUACUUGUGCUUGUUUCAUAAUUUUUGGUGCAUUUUGUACUAAUAUCUCCUAAUUGCAUGUGCAAUUUCAUUACUUGAUGCAUUUUCCCAAGAAUACUCAAAAUUUUGACCCUGACUUCAAAGUUUGCACGAAUCAGACAUCUGCCUAUUGUAUACCAUUUAUCAGAUUUACCUAAGUUGUUACUUUGUUUUAUUUUACUCUUUUAAUCAUCUAUCCAACUUGGCUGUGAUUUGACAUUCAGUCCCUUUAAGAUGCUUAAAUGUCGGUCUUCCUGUGCUUUUCAAUUUUAAAUCAGGUCUUAUGAGUAUUAGUAGUUUCUCUUACAUGAAUUCUCUCAAUAUCUGUGGUGUGAAAAACAGGAGGUCCACUCUUUAUUGCGCUAUUAUUCUUCAAUGUAUUUCCUUGUCUUUCUUUGCCUUGGAAGCGAUUAACAAAAACUCAUUUGAUCAAUUUUAUCAGUAUUUAAUAUGUACUUGAAUUUCAUCCAAUAAUCAAUAUUAAUCAUACUUCAUCAUAAUUUAGGAAAAUAUACAUCAGGAAUUUUUCAAUAUAUCCAGGAAAUUUGCUUUUGUAGAUCAAGCAAAAUACCUUAGCUUUUUAGGACUGAACUGAUAAUAAAAAAAACGAAGGAGAUGGUAUGAAAUAAAACACUACGUAACAUGUUUUCUCUUCAAAAUUUUAUGAGAAAAACGAAUCACACCUGAGGAAGUAUGGAAAUGAACUCUUUAACAAGAUAUAAGCCUGUACGAUCAACAUUAGUCAGAUAGUAAAAAUACAAAUCACUUCAUUUGUAUAAUCUAACUUUCAUUCGAUCUGUGUUGAAAAUAUUUGUUAAUACCUCGUUCUGGAGUUGACCUCUGAACUUCCUCUUGUGUGAAUUGUUUUCUAUGUAAGAUUUUUGAAGAGAAAUAUGAGACUUUUUCCUAAUUCAUAUCAUGUCCAGUUGCCUAUUGACCGAGUGCUAUAGUCAUCUUUGGUUGCAAAUACAAUAUAGUGUAAUUAUUCACAUAUCAAUUAAAAGAAUCUUUUUUAUUCUUUAUUUCUUUCACAGAAACCAACAGAAAAUAAUUUUUUUGAGGACCCUUACUUUUACCUACAUUGUAUUUAUUUUUUAUCAUACUGUCCUGAAGUUCCUUUUCUAAAUUGGAUCAAAUUUUGAAGAAGGUUUGAAGACAAGACUGCUGCACCUGCUGCCAAGAUUGUAUGAUUCCUUUUUACAAGGGAACCUAAAAUCUUAAACUGCGUCUAUCUGGUAAUGCCAAAAAAACAAUCAAAUUAGAAAAUCACCCUGUAAAUUUAAUGUCUCGAACUGGUUUCAGUUAAUUUAUCAAACAAAUCUCAGCAAGAUCACAUGCUCUUGAUUCUUUUUUGCAAUGUGCAGUCUGAUCUGUCCCAGUUCCACUGCUUGUCAAGUAUAUUGACAAUCUGUUUGGUUGAACUGCUGUGCAGUUUUUUUGAGAGCUGAUUUAAGUUUGGUGUAAAGCUCGACUAAACUUUGUAAUCUGAACAAUCGUAGCCUGUAUUGGUAUCACAAUUUUAGUUAAUUGUAAAGCCUGGAUAACUGGCAAUUUUUGUCAGUGGUUUUCUCAGCUCAGAGUCCAAAUUUCUCACUUGUUUUUAAAAAUUAUUUUCAGUAACUUUUUUUAAGCCAUGAUUUUAUUUUUACCCAGAACUUUACUUAUUUCUUUACAGUAUAUUUUCAGAGCACAGGUUCUCUGUUCGUUUUCUCCUGUAUGUACUUAAAAAAACAAAAAAAUGUGUUUUGUUUACUGCUGUUAUCUAUGAUAAGAAGACGGCAGAAAAUUUCAGAAUGAAUGCUGAAGCUGGUUGUAAAAUUUUAGCAGAGUAAAUGGACUGGCAAGGUCAUGACAUAAUUAAUAUUUUGGAGAGGAAAAGUUGCAUGAAACAUAAAUGUCAAUAUCUGUCGAAAAAAUAUUGAUAACAAGCUUCAACUCGGCUCAAACUGAAAAAUUUUAAAAAAGAAUAGAAAUAAAAUCUUGGUGAGCGUCUGCUGACUAUCUAUGCUGUACCUAGUUUUAGUCCCUUUAAAACGCAAAAUUUCUCAUUCAUCAGAAAAAUUGGUUUCUCGGAUGUAAGUUUUAUAUUGUUAUUAAUUUGUCUUUUAUUCUGCAACACUCAAUCAUAACUAGGAUUAUUAAUAAACUCCUUCAAUUAAUAUUGUUGUGGACAUUUUUAAGAGCCUUACUUUUUCUUGCUGAAUUUUAAGUUGUGGGCGUCAUAGAAGCUUGCAUAAUUUAUCGACAAUAGCUCUCACAAAGAAUGUCUUUUCUUGUUAUGUUUUAGAUCCAAAGAUGUAGUUAUUGAUAAGCUGUGUCAUAUUGCUUAAGAUAUUUUGUUUUAAUUUUAAAUCAGUCUCAUGUACCUAUAUAAAUAAACUGCCCUCUUUAUUUUGCUCUUGUAAAUUGUAAUUUUAGUGUAAAUACAUGUUUUUUACUGCAUUUAGACACAUGCAUUUGUACAUAUUACAUGCAUGUCUUUUAUUGUAUGCAUACAAUGAAUACAAUUGCCGAAGUUAAA